ACAAAUUGUCGAACGCCCCCCUCUCCUCCCAACGCAAGCCGGCUGGUUUUACUUGAUGCUCUGGCCGGUCUCUUGUCUCCAGCGCUAGGCUACCGGUGAUCAAGAAUAGCAACAGUAGCAGCAGGAUGGGCCGCCUUCUUUCAACGCUCUACGUCACAUUGAGCUUCCUAGUAAGCGAAUUCAAAUAGAAUACAGCCCCAUCUUCCCGCAACACUGACAAGGUCAGCGACCAAGGACCACAUAUCACAUUUGGGGAUAGACCGCGCCUAUAUUCGCAAAAGUAAACAGUGAGCGCUGAGAGCCAGCCGGGCCAGAGAUGCCACCCCCUGCCGCAGGCCCCCCAGCAGUGACCCCUCCGGACGGGGGCUGGGGCUGGGCCGUGGUGCUGGGAUCCUUCAUCUCCAUCGGCUUCUCCUACGCCUUCCCCAAGGCCAUCACCGUCUACUUCAAGGACAUCCAGAAGAUCUUCGAUUGCUCCUACAGCCAGAUAGCAUGGAUCUCCUCCAUCAUGCUGGCCGUCAUGUACGCAGGCGGUCCCAUAAGCAGUGUACUGGUAAACACAUAUGGCUGCAGACCUGUCAUGAUCAUGGGUGGAGUACUGUCUUCUAUCGGGUUGAUAUCUGCUUCCUUCUGCAACAGCGUGGUGGAGCUUUAUGUUUGCAUCGGUCUUAUAGGAGGCCUGGGCCUAGCCUUUAACCUUCAGCCAGCACUGACUAUGAUUGGCAAGUACUUCUAUAAGAAGCGUCCCAUCGCUAACGGAAUAGCCAUGGCCGGUAGCCCAGUAUUCCUGAGCAGCCUAGCCCCUUUCAACCAGUACCUGUUCAACUCCUUCGGCUGGAGGGGCAGCUUCCUCAUCCUGGGGGGCAUACUGCUCAAUUGCUGUGUGGCUGGCUCCCUGAUGAGGCCCCUGGGGCCACCGCUGGGCAAGAUCAAGAAGGAUGAGGAGUUGGUCGUUGCCAAAGCUGCCACCAAGAAGAAGGAGACGACCACUUGUUUGGGAACUGUCAACAAGUUCAUUGACCUGUCGCUUUUCAAGCACCGCGGUUUCCUCAUCUACCUGUCGGGCAACGUCAUCAUGUUCUUGGGCUUUUUCUCGCCAAUAGUCUUCCUGACGGCCUACGCCAAGGACAUAGGCGUGGACGAGUACUCGGCCGCCUUCCUGCUCUCCAUCCUGGCCUUCGUGGACAUGUUUGCCCGGCCCUCCAUGGGGCUCCUGGCCAACUCCAAGUGGAUCCGGCCCAGGAUCCAGUACUUCUUCAGCUUCGCCGUGCUCUACAACGGGGUGUGCCACAUCCUCUGCCCCCUGGUUGAGAGCUACACAGGCCUGGUGGUGUACGCCGUGUUCUUUGGCUUUGCCUUCGGCAUGGUCAGCUCGGUGCUGUUUGAGACCCUGAUGGACCUGGUGGGGGCUCAGAGGUUCUCCAGUGCUGUGGGGCUCACCACCAUUGUGGAGUGCUGCCCUGUCCUCAUUGGUCCACCUCUGGCAGGUAAACUGGUGGACAUCACCAAAAACUACAAGUACAUGUAUUUCUGCUGUGGGGCUGUGGUGAUCAUGGCCAGUAUUUGGCUGUUCAUCGGAAACUUCAUCAACUACAGACUCCUGGCCAAGGAGCGCAAGCAGGAGGAGAUGUACAAACGGACUGAAACCGAGGACCCUGACCGGGACCAGGACCAAAAGGAGACAGACGGGGACGUCCAGGCCUUGGAGGACAUGGUAGACCCCAAAGAUGAGGACGCCAUGCAGAGGGAGACCAACAUCUAGAUCCCCUCCCUACUGCCAACCACACCCCCCUUCACCACCACCCUCAUGUCCCCCUCUGCCACUAUCAAACUGCAGACUGAGCUCAAGGGGGGUGCCUCCUGGUCUUUCACUCUCCAGGGUUCCGCUCGGGGGCCUCCCCGCAGGGGCCCCUCUGUUUCAGAGACACUCAAACUGCCAGAGUAACAACGACAACCAUGUUGUGGGAUACUGCAAGGUGUAUUGCCGGAGGAAGGGGUGACUGCCCUGACUACUACUCAAACAUCAGACUAGCCAGAGAUAAUGGUGUAAGAUACAGAACGCAUGUUAGGAGGCCACAAGGCUUGGAAUAUGAGAAAGAAGCUUUUGUCGCGUAUCUAGGAAUCUGUGAAAUGUGACCCGUCGACAGAAAUCUAGUACUGCUCAUGUAUUUAGCCUGUGCCACUAAACCUACCACACCAGCAGCCCAAUUCAACUGAUCUGAUUGAAAUCAAUACAGGUUAAUAUCCCAGCUUCCUAUGCUGGGAGCUGACAUGCGAGGACACAUAAUGUCCGUUAGUACCAGGGUUAUGGUGAGAGACAGAUAUCAUUGCAACACAGGAACAGAGAUGAGUUCAUGGUUUGGUGGCUCCAGUGACCAUGUGUUAUACUGUCCUUUAGCGCACUGUGUCCGUUGUGUUCGUUAGCUAAACCUGCAAAACUGCCAAGCUUCUGAUCUAACGAUAAGACACCCACUGUUUUAUUCACUAUUGCAUAUUGCACAUGGAGUCCGUAUAGGCUGCACUACUUCUAAACUGGCCAGGUUUAGGCCUCAUCCAAAACAACAAUGAAACAUAGCAAUUUAAUCAUAUUUAAUGAGGUUGGAUGUAAAUUUGUUUUAUUGGCUGUAUUUCCAAGGGCCUUAUUAAGAAUACUUGAUAUUCACGAUCAAUAUCAUCUAUAAAUGUGCAUAUUGUUGGUUUAUACCAAAUAAAGAAUCCAUGAGCAAUAUAACCUA